AUGUUAGUACUCAAUUGGUUAUUAUUAUUCUUUCAAGUUUUCAUAGUCAUCGCGACAACUGAUUAUGGAUUUAAUUCAUGGACCACCAAUGAUAUCAAACAAUUCUUGAACAGUCGUAAAAUCAAAUACAAAGACACCUUAGCUAACAAUGAUUUGAUUCAAUUGGCUAAUUCUGAAGCUAAGAAGCUUGAAUCCAAGUACAAGAAACUUAAAGCUGACUAUCAAUCCCUGGUACAAUCACCAAAUAGUUUACAAGAUUAUCUUACUUUUGAUUAUUUGUUCCACAACAAGAAACCAAUCAGUACCUGGAUCUUUGAAUCUUGGGAUGUAGACACCUUACGUAAUUUUUUGAAACAGAACCAAAUUUACGUUUCCAAGAAAAUGACCAAACCGGAUUUAAUCAAGCAGAUUCAAAAGAAGUUUGAUAAAUUAGUUGAAAAGAAUCAAGGUUCCCAAUAUUAUCCUGGUAAUUGGCUUUAUUCAACCUGGACUGAUUCUGAUAUUCAAAAUUGGUUAAACAAAUAUCAAAUCAAUUUCGACCCCAAAGCUUCCCGUGACCAAUUAAUUGAUACCUUAAGUGAAUACAGCGCCUCGGUAUCAAACUACCUCACCGAUUCUAUGAAUUCUUUAUUAGAUUCAUUGGAUAUUUACGACAGGCCAAUAUUUGACACCAAGGGACUGAUUAAGGAUGAAUUCUUCAAAACCUGGUCAUAUUCCCAACUCCGUGAAUGGCUCUAUCUUCAUGAUAUAAUUGAUACAAAGCCAGGCAUAUAUUCUGAAGAUCUCUAUUCUGAUAAGCUUGUGAAAUUGGCCCAAACCCAUAAACUGUACUUGUUGGAUGAUUUGAAUUCUUGGUUAGCCAGUGCUCAAUCUAAAGCAUCUCCAUUUGUUACCAAAGGUGAACUUGGUAACGAUUCUUUCUUGGCUGGGAUUAAUAAAUGGUCCAAAGACAAAUUGAAGGCGUUUUUGGAUGCUAGAAAUGUUCAAUAUUCUAUGUUUACCACCAGACAUCAAUUGGUUGAAUUGGUUAAAAACCAUAGAAAUGAUGCUAUUGCUCCUGAGAAUUAUGGUGGAUGGAUUAUUCUGGAUUUAUCAACUGAUUCGAUUAAAGAAUGGUUUGCUAAACAGGGAAGGAAUAUUGAAGGAACUAGACAAGAAUUGGUUGAUGCGUUUAAUGAACAAUUUCAACAUUUCAAGCGUGAUAAUUUGGAUACAAAGCUUAAAGAGUAUCAGCCUACGUUGGAAGAUUAUCAAGCGUAUCUAAAAGAAAAGAUGCCUGAUGUAACUAAUCCAGAACAGAUUGAAGCAGCUUAUGAUAUUGCUACUGAAUAUUUCAAUAAUGCAGUUGAUGCAGCUAAGGAAAAAUAUGCCAAUUCUCAAUAUUCCUUUGACGAUGCCUUGAAACAAAUCAAGGACUCGCUGUAUGAAUAUUCCAAUGCUUUUGUUGAAAAGAUCCCAUCUGCGGAUGAUUAUGAAUCAUUUCUUACCAAAUCCAAGAUUGCUUCCGAGAAUUUUAUCAAGUUUACAAUCCCAGCUUUGAUUGAAAAAUUUGAUAAGUUAGAAUCUGGCGUUGGUAAAGGGAUCAAUGAAUGGUGGUAUAAGGUGAAAGAAGUCGUUGAAGAAAUGACUCAGCCUUUCAAUGGUGAUGAAGCUAGAGAACUUGUAUCUGAGGCACUUUCUACUAUCCAAAGUGGUUCAAGUGAUGCAUCGUCCGUUGCUGGGAAGGCUUGGAAACAUGCUAAACACAAGCAUAAAUCUGCAAAGGAAUUUGUUAAGGAUAAAUAUCCAGGUGUUACUUCUGCUGUUGGGGAAGCAGCAGCAAAUGCUCAAGCCAAAUAUGAAGAUGCAAAGGGAUAUGCCAAGGAUAAAUAUCCAGAUGUUACUUCUGUUGUUGGCGAGGCUGCGGCGAAUGCUCAAGAUAAAUACGAAUCUGCAAAGGGAUACGCAAAGGAAAAAUAUCCAGAUGUUACUUCUGUAGUUGGUGAAGCGGCAGCAAAUGCUCAAGGUCAAUAUGAAGGUGCUACAUCCGUCGUUGGAAAAGCUGCUGCAAAUGCCAAAGGUCAAUAUAAAGCUGCUUCAUCGGCAGUGAGUCGAGCCGUAACGGAUGUCCAGGGUAAAUAUGAAUAUGCCGAAGAUAAACUUAGACAUGCUAAACAAGGUGCCGAACAGAAGCAUUUCUAUAUGAAGCAAGGAUAUGAUUAUGCUACUGAAAAUGUGAGAACCAAAUAUGAAAAUGUAAAAGAAACAAGUCAUGAUCUUAAGAACAAGUAUUAUUCAUCUAAAUUCCACAUUCAACAUUGGUUCUAUUGGAUCAAGAAUAAGUUAGGAUUUAUCCGUACUGAUGUCCGAGAACAAGCCCAUGAUAGUUGGAGUUAUAUCGUACAAUCUUUUACUAAUAAUGAUUUGGUUGAAUAUUUGCGUGGAUACGGAUAUGAUUAUAAUUGGUUACUGGGAUUAACUAGACCACAAUUGUUACAUUUGUCAGAAGCUCAGAAUAAAUUGUUUAUUGGUCAUAAUGCCAGAAAUAAGUGGGAUAAAUCGAUUGGUGAAUAUUUGAGGGAUACGGCUGAAGAGGCUCAGAUUAAAUUGGGUUUGAAGAAGAAGGAAACGUUUUGGGAUAAGUUUAAAUCAUUUUUUAUGAUUUUCUAG